AAUGCAUAAUUCAGCUGAAGACAGAUUUUUUUGAAAACCAUCAGCCAAUCACAGAUGAUAAUGUUGUGCUUCAGAGGUUCUGCGCCAAGUUUGAACAUCUACUUAAGAUUGGGAUGAAAGAAAAGACAUCUUUGCUGGGGCGCAAAAAAGAUUACUGGGACUAUUUUUGUGAGUGCUUAGCAUCUGCCAAAGGCUCAAAUGAUGGAAUUAAAUUUGUGAAAAGUCUGGCAGAGAAUAAAACUUCAGUUGGAAGAGGCAGGGCUUUUAUACGAUUCUGCCUGGUCCAUCAGAGAUUGGCAGACACUUUACAGCAGUGUGUGACUCACAGCAAAACUUUUGACUGGUUUACAACCACUAGUGUUUUGUUGGAUGAGAAGACCUGCCAAAGUCUUAUCAACUCAUUAUAUGACCUGAAUUCUUUGCACUUUGACCUCUCACCCCGAGGUUAUGAUUUGGAUGUGUCAUGGCCUUCAUUUUCAAAUCGCAAACCUUUGCCAGGUGGCACAUGGAGUAUUCCAAUCAGUCGAAGAUCAAGUGUAACAAGCAUGGACACAGUCAGCCAGAUAAGCAUGUCCGUAGACAACGCAGAAGCUGACCGGCUUACCAGGGACUUGGAGCAGGCACAGAAUGCAAAGAGCGACCUGAUUGUUCGGGUGGAGGCCUUGCAGCAGGAGAAGGAACAAGUCCGGCAGUCAGCUUGGGCGACUCACGGAGAAUUGCAGGCUUUACAGCAGCAGUUGACUCAGCUCCAGUCUCAGCACAGUUCGCUGCAAGAGAGAUACAAGGAGCUUGAUAUCAACCAUAUGAAACUCAAGCUGGAGAAAGAGCAUGCAGAAAAAUAUCUGAAAGACGAGCUGAAAAUCCUAAGUGACAAAUUCAAAGAAGAAGAGUCUAAACGAGUUUUUCAGUUGAAGACGGAGGAGGCGAUCUGGAAGCAGGAGGUCAGAGAGGAGGGUGAUCGAAAGAAGAGAGAGAUUGACAAGCUGCAGAAGGAACUGGAGUUGGCAAUGGAAGAAGCUGAGAAACAGAAGGUCAGGUCUGCUGCACAAGAAGAUGCAUUGAAAAGUCUCAUGGCAGAAUUGGGUCUGAACUCUGAUGCGGAAUGUGGAGAUUCCCUGGUCAGGCUAACACAUCACAUCACGGCAUUGCAGCAAGAGCUGUCCAGUGUCAGGCUGGAGAAGGUUGAUAUCCAGAAUUCACUCGAGAAACAGUUGGAAAACCAGGAUAGAGUUAACAUCCUCGAAACUCAUGUCAAAGAGCUGGAGCAAGCCCUCAAAGAUUCAGCAGAAACUCGGGACAGUUUACAAAGUGAGAUCAGCUCAUUUGAUCGGCAGCUGAAGGCUAAAACAGACAACAGUGUUGAUCUGGAGGAGCAGAAUAACCAGCUGAUGAAGGAGAAGAAUGAACUUCAAGACAACUUAGAUGAAAUACACAGACACAAUAUUAUUCUCAAGAAUAAACUUGAGACACAAAAUGUGGACUUGGAGAUGUUUAGAUCUGAUGCAGAAGAAAAGCAAAAGAAGAUGAAUGAGUUAUCGGGAAUUAUUGAGGAUAAUUUAUUACAGCUGAAAAAUAAAGAAGUGGAGAUUGUGAGCUUGAAAGAGGGACUUGAGGAGAAGAAAGAAGAAGUCUUAGCUUUGAAACAAAGUUCAGAAGGACAAGCUACUGACCUGGAGAAACUGCUGCAGAAGAAAGAUGAAGACCUGAUCAGAAUGAAAUCGGAGCUUGAUAUGAAAGCAAGUCAGUUAGAACAUGUCAGCAAAGAAGCAGCAGAAGCUGAAAAUGAAAACAUGGUGCUAAGCAAAAGUGUAGAAGCAGCAGAAAUGCUUAUUGACACAUUAAAAAGUCAGAAUAGUAAACUUGAGGAAAUGAUGGCAUGUGUAAAAGCCUCACAAGAUGAGAAGAAUCAGGAAGUACAGGCUAAAGAUAUCAUUAUUAUAGAGGCCAGUGAGAAGAUAAAGAAGUUGAAAAAUGAGCUGUCCUCUGUGAAUGAGAACCUUAUGUGUGCGAUGUCUGAGGCUGAUAAAUUGCUUGCAGGCCAAAAGAGUGCAGACGCGGAGAAGGAAGGUCUUAGAGUAGAACUCAAGCAGCUACAAGCAGAGAAAGAGAAUCUCAGGUCAGAGAUGAAUAUGGAAAAGAACAGAAUUAUGGGAUUGUUACAAGAGUCGGAAGGGGUUAAAAGGUCAGAGGGUGAAAAAGAAGAGAAAAUUGCCAGUUUGUUUGUUGAAAUUGAACAGUUAAGAAAUGAAAAAGGGGAGGCCAUUGCCAAUUUGGAGCAGAAGGUAAAAUCAUUGAGUGAUGACAUCAGAGAUAGAAACAGGGAUAUUUCUGCCUUGAAAAGUGAAGUCGACAAUUUGAAAAUAUUACUUGAUAAUGAAAAAUCCUCAAAGUGUGAAAUUAUAGAGAAACUGGAAAGUGAUAUUCAGAAACUGAACUCUGAGAAAAAUGAAUCAGAAGUUAGAUUAAAAAACAAUAUUUCCAUUUUGGAAUCUACAGCCAAAGAAGUAAAAGAGAUUCAUGAAAAUGAAACUGCCUCAUAUUCUGAGAGGAUUGAAAACUUGGAAGCACAACUUGCAGAGAAAAUACAAGUUUUAGAAACAAAGUGUCUUGAUUAUGAAAAUACAGUAGAAGAGUUAAAAAAAGAACUUGUUAAAAUUUCUUCUGAAAAGGAUACUGUUAUCAAAAUAAUGGAGUCUAACAUGGCAGAGCUAAUACAAGAAAGAGAUCACUUGUUAGCAGAUCUAAAUUCGGCUUCGAAAAUGAAUGAACAGACUAAAUCCCAGCAGACAGUAAUUGAAGAGCAGCUUUCAUCGACAUGCAGACAGCUGGAGGCAGUUAGUGCAGAAAAGAUCUCACUUUCGUCUGAACUUACAGCCAUGUCUGAGGAGUUAACCAGGGUCAUGAAUGAGAACGAUGCCUUUCAGAGAGUGAUCACUGACCUGAAAAACUCGCUGAAACAGGCGGAAGAUGAAGCUCAAGAGAAACUCAUGCAGAAACGGCAAAUUGAACUUCAGUUAGAAGAUUUGAAAGUUCAGCUGGAUAAGGCUCAGGCAGAAAAUGUUGAGCUGGGCAUACAGCUUGAUGGUUACCAGUCACAGACACAGUUCAGCACCAAGGUCUUGGAGGAGAACCUUGUGGAAGCCAAGGAUGCAGUGGAACAUCUGAAAAUGGAAUUAAUGCAGCUACAAGAAAAAUAUGAUGUGGUUGAGAAGGAAAUUGAUGAUCAAAAAGAGAGGCUGGAGUCGAUAGAGAAGGAGAAGCUGGACCUGUUACUUCAGCUUGAUUCUUUAAAGAAAGACGCUGACAGUGUCGAUGGAAGUGAUGCAGUGAGUAAACUGAAGAAGGAACUUGAAGAGGAACGUCUAAAGUAUCUGUCGACAAUUGAGAACUUGAAUGAGGAGAUCUCCUCUCUGCAGUUCCAGCUGAGUGCAGAACAGAUGAUUCAGUCUGAUGGCUUUCAGAGUAAAGCAAGUGGAAAAGAUAGCCAGGAAUUAAAGACGCGAGUGUCCGACAUGGAGAUUAUUAUAGAACAGCUGGAGAGAGAACUAGAGACGCUGCACAAGACAAAAGAUAUCGACUCCACUCAGGUACAGGAGCUGAAGAAGCAGCUCAGCCUGAAGCAGGAGGAGUGUGGCAGAUUGGAGAAAGAUCUUCAGCAGGUCACUGCCCGGCUAGCAGAAGAAACUUCUAGAAGGGAGAGACUAGAGACGGAUCACACCCACCUCUGCCGCUCGUACGAUCGGGAUGUAGAGGCAAGAGACUCCGAAAUCAAGAAUUUACAGUCAGACAAUGAGCAGAUCAGGAAAAAACUGGGUAAAUUGGUCCAAGACAAAGACAUCCUGUGGCAUAAAACGGAUGAGCUUGUGACGGAGCAAAGGAGGAUAUUGGGAGAUCGUUGGCAGGAGAAUGCCAGAGUCACACAUUGUCCUCAGUGUCGUUCAGAAUUCUCUCUGUUUGUCAGAAAGCACCACUGCCGAAUCUGUGGCAAGAUCUUUUGCUGGUCUUGUUCAGAUUUCUGGAUUGACAGUCCCAACGAUGACCGGAAGAUCCGAGCGUGCAAACCCUGCUACAACCACACUAGCAGCCUGGGAAGUGCUCUCAUCUCCACUUCCAUGGUUGAAGCUGAGAGCGAUGAUGAGGAUGACGAGAAU